AUGAGCAAGAGGGCGUGUGAGGGCGUCAUUGUUGUGAAAGCCAACACGACCAAGGAUGGAGGAGGACGCAAGCGCCAAGGCACCAGCUGCUCGAAUGCCCACGACGAAUGCAUCAACGAAAGUAUUAAGUACACCCCGCAGAUCUCGUCGGGUCGCGCCGCAAGUCACGCCGUCGUGCUGAAGCUGAUGGAGAUAAGGGAAUAA